AUGGAACAGGUCGAGCUGCACGAGGUGAUAGGCCGGGGCACGACGGCGGACAUCCACCGGGCGACGUGGCGGGGGCUCGACGUGGCGGUGAAGUGGGUGCGGCCGGAGUUCUUCCGCUCCAACCCCAGCGGCGAGGCCUUCUUCGCGCAGGAGGUCGACGUGCUGUCGCGCCAGCGGCACCCGCACGUGCUGCGCCUGCUUGGCGCGUGCCUGCGCCCGCCCGACAUCUGCUUCCUGGUGACCGAGCUGCUGAGCGGGGCCACGCUGGGGGAGUGGCUGCACGGGGGGCGGGAGCGCCGCGCGCGGCCGCGGGCGGCGUCGUCGCCGCCUCCGCCGCUGGUGGACCGGGUGAGCAGGGCGCUGGACGUCGCGCUGGCCAUGCGGCACCUCCACGCGCAGACGCCCAGGGUCGUGCACCGCGACCUCAAGCCCAGCAACGUGCUCCUGGACGCUCACCUGCGCGCGCGGGUCACGGACUUCGGCCACGCCAGGUUCUUGCCCGACGGGAAGGACGCGCUCACCGGCGAGACUGGGACCUACGUGUACAUGGCUCCGGAAGUGAUUCGCUGUGAACCGUACACUGACAAGUGCGACGUCUACAGCUUCGGCAUCAUGCUGAAUGAGCUGAUAACCGCAGAGCAUCCAUACAUUGAAACAAGCUAUGGACCUAGCAAGAUUGCGCUGAACGUUGCAAAUGGAACAUUGAGGCCAAAACUCCCAGAACAUGAUGCAUAUCCUCCUGGCCUGACUGAUCUCAUCCGCCGGACGUGGGAUGCAGAACCUUCAAGCAGGCCGUCGUUUGCCACUAUAACUUCGGCACUCGGGGAAAUCAAACAGCAAAUUGUGCAACACAGAAUAUAGACAGCAUUCUGAUUAUAUAUGUAGACUUAUACCCUGUUUGGAUCCCAGGAAUCCCUCUU